UGUGGUUGUCCACGUGUUUCCUUAAUUUUCAUGUUUUAAUUAAUAAUAAUUAACAAUAGUGUUUAAUAAUAAUAAAUUAUUAUUAUCAAAGUGCAUCAAAUUAAUAAAUAAUUAAAAUUUGUAUGAAAAUCAUAAAUAAAACAUUUUAAUAAUGAUGGCAAUGUCGUCAUUAGCUGCCCAAUUGCAAAAAUUGCAAACACCUCAAACAGCUCGUUUUUUGGAAAAUGAUAAAAAACGUGCAAGUUUAUUAUUCAAUCCAAAAGAAGCCGCUAAUCUUGAUCGUGAAACUGUAUUUAAUAUUGGUAAAAAUGGUCUUGAUGAAUUAAUUAAAUUAUCAGUUGUUUUUAAAGAUUUUGAAGAUACACUGUUUGCACAAAGUUCAAUACAUCUAGAACGUUCAAUUCAUGAUGCUAAAUUGAACAAAUCAUUGAAUAAACAAAUUGAAAAAUUUUUAAUUCUUUUAUCACCAUAUUUUUUAUUGAGUACUGCUCAUAAAGCACUUGAAUGGUUGAUAUACCGAUAUAAAAUUCAUGAAUACAACAAGGAUCAUUAUAUGUUAUUAAUUCUUCCAUAUCAUGAAACAAGGAUGUUUAUACGAGCACUACAACUUGUUGAUGUAUCAGCAAAUCGUGAUAAAUGGAAUUGGUUGAAACCUCUACAAAAACCAGGUAUACCAUUGUCAUCAUUAACACUUGUUAAUAGAUUAACAGUUGAUAAUGGUUUACUUGAAUUACUCAGCAAUCAUGUAUCACUUGCAACAUCAAUUUAUCAAGAUAAAGCAAAUUGUUUAAAUAUAUUAUAUGCAUUUUAUACAAUAGCAGUAGUUGGAAGUAUUGAAAGAAGUAAAAAAAUAAGUGAAAUACAAGUUAAUCAUAUAUUACCAACAUUAAUGAAUAGUCUUGAAUCAGCAAUACCAGAUUUUGCUGGUAGUGGUAUUAUGAUAUUAUCACGUUUAUCAAUAAAACAAAGAUUAAAUAAUGAAACAAUGACACAUUUAUUAUUAAAAGCAUUAAAAAAUCCAGUUUUAAAACAUGAACUAAUAAUGCUUAUAUUUUUUCUUUAUGAAGCACCAAAUAAUGAAAUGAAAUAUGUACCACUUGAAGUUGUUGAAAAAAUAUCAGAAUAUACAUGGUUAUGUGAUGAAAUAAUAAAAGUUAAAAAUUGUGGUAUUGAAAUAAUACCAUUUAUUGUGCCAUUUUUAGAAACAUCAAUAAAAGCUGUAUUAAAAAAUUCAAAUGGAAUGGAAAAUAUUAAAUCAACAGUUAUUAAAAUAUUUGAAAAAAUUGUAUUUGAUGAAUAUGAAGUCGAUGCUAUAUUAAAAGAUACAUUAAAACCAAAUUUAACAUCUGAAGCAUUAUGUGAUGAUUCACAAAGUUUUUUAUCACGUAUUUAUGGAAUAUUGGAAGUUAGAUAUGCAAAUUGUUUUGAUGAAUAUUUAAAAAAUCUUAUGAAACAAUCUGAAUCAUGUAUUGAAUCAAAAAAAUCAUUACAAUUUUUAAUGUCAUGGCAUUCUGGAGCAAAAAGAGCACAAAAUUCAUUAAAUGCAUUUGAUAAAUUAAAUAAUUUUGUUGCUGAAUAUAGAAUAUCAGCAUUGAAUGAUUUAGCUGCUGGUAAAAUUGAUAUUGCUGAUGGUUUUGAAGGUAUGGUUAAAAAAUCAAUAAUUGAAAGAUUUAAUGAUGACAAUGUUGAUGUUGUUAAAGCAUUAUUAAACUUUCCAAUAAAACGUUUAAAAAGUUUAUUUCCAUCUGAUAAUUUAAUUGAACGUUUAAUGAUAUUAUUAUCACAAUGUCAUACAGAAAAAAAACAUGUAUUAGCUAAACCAGCAUUAAAAUUAUUACUUGAUCUUUGUGAUGAUGGUGAUGAUACAUCUGUAUUUUUAGCAAUAUUACCAUAUUUAUUUCCAACAUCAGAUGAAGAAGUUGAUAUUGCAUUACAAAUAUUAAAUUCUGAAUUUUCAAAAAAAAAUCAAUAUUUACAAGAUGUUAGAAAAGAAAUUUAUGAAGAUGCAACAGCAAAAUCAAUUGGUGAUGCUGCAUUUCAUAGUUUAAUGAGUUCUGGUUUAUUUCCACCAACUGAAAAUAUUAUAACAACAAUGAAAUUAUCAUCAAAUUAUGAUGCAACAUCAUUAUUCUUUAAUCUUGUAUUACUUGGUUCAGUUUGUCGUCGUAAAAUUGGUGAAAUAUCACAUAAAAAAUUUUGUGAAAUGAUUGAAAUGGCUGCUGAUAUGAUAAAACGAUAUCCAAAAGUUAAACCAAUACCAGGAUGUAAUCAUUUAACAAAUGAACAAAUUCAACCAGCUCUGGAAUUAACAUCAAAAGGAAUUCUACCAUUACAAGCUGGUACAUAUGUUUUGGAAAUGGUAUUUCGUCGUUUGGAUUUAAAAUCAACUCUACUUGAUUUUGAAAAUAAUAGUGACCUGACAAAAUUAGUUAUGUGUAUAUUUGAAUUUAUUCUUGAAGGUAUUAAUUCAUCAUAUGCUGAUAAAAAACGUCAUUAUUCAUGGGUAUUAAAAAUAUUUGUACAACGUCAUUUUCAUACAACUGAAGCAUUAAUGGAAUUUUUAUCACAAGGUUUUAUAUUACCAGUUAAACCACAAACAUCAUUUCAAUGUUUAAGAAUGGCACUUGCUAUGUUUGAUAGAUUACAAUCAGUACAAUGGAUAUUUGAAAAAAAAAUAUUUGUCACAAAUUUAAUAAUUGCAUUAUCAAGAGAAAAUAAAACAUGUCGUGAAGCAGCUGUUGAUGUAUUAAAAAGAUUAUUUCAAACAUUUAAUUUAAAUAAAAUGAAUGGUAUAUCAUCAUUGCUAGCUGAAUUAUAUAAAAAAACAAGUGAAAUAUCAAUUGAUCAUGAACAAAUAUCAUUGAUAUUAUAUAAUUUAUUAUCACCUGAUCCAGAUGUUAGUUCACAAUUAACAAAAACACUACAACAACAAAUGAAAGAAGCCAGAGAAUUUUUAUUCAACAUAACAUUAGAUGAAAAUAUACCAAUUCAUAUUAAAGCACAAUUAUUAGAUGUUUUAUCACACGUUAAUGGUGUUGAUGUAAUGGAAAAAUUAACACCAAGAGGAUUACAAUUAAUGGAAAUUGUUGAAAAAAAUAGUAAUGAUGAUGAUAAUAAUGAUGCUAUUGAUGAUAAUGAUUCAUUGUUAUUUACUAAAAUUGCAUUAAAAAAUAUAUUAUAUCGUUUUAAUUCAACAACAGUUAAUGCAUUAAAAACAAAUAAUGUAUGGAAAUUAUUUGAAUUAUCAUUAUCAAAUAAUAAAUUAUUAAUACCAACUGAAAAUGGUAAACAAUUACCAAGUACAAUAAUUAUAAAACAAAUUGAUGAUAUAUUUUUUGAUAAUGCUGGUAAAAUACAACAAAAAAAAAUACUAUCAAAAUUUGUUGAUAUUGUAACUGAUUGUGAAAUAAAUAAUGUUGUUGCUUCAGCAAAUAAAGCUGUACAAAGAAUUAAAAUAAAUGCUCAACUUAUUGUUGAUGAACUUGAAAAAAUGAAAAAUGCAAAAUUACCAGAUGAAAUUGGUAAAACAUUGACUGGUGCACGUGCUAAAAGAAGAUCAAAAUUAUUAGAAAUGACUAAAAGACCAGAAUUAAUAAAUACACAUGAAUGGAAAAGAGGAAUAACAAUAUUAGAAUUUAUUCAACGUGCUGAAAAUAUUGAUAAUGAAAAUUUAUUAGUACCAGUGUUAUUUGAUUUAUUAAGAAUGUGUUUAAGUUUUGAAGAACAAAGUCCACUUGAAUAUACAAAUCAACUAUUAUUAUCAACAAUAUAUAAUUUAGCUAUUAAAAAUUUACCAAUUCCAAAUGCUCAUUUACAAGUUGAUCUUAUAUCACAAUGUAUUAGAACAUCACAAAAUCCACAAACUCAUCAUCAUGCAUUACUUGUACUUGUUGAAUUAUUUAAAAUUGCUGAUAUUGAAAUUGCAUUAAAUAAUAUUAUGCCAAUAUUUACAUUUAUGGGUAGUUCAGUAUUACGUCAAGAUGAUGCAUACUCCAUACAAAUAAUAUCAAAAACAAUUGAAACAAUUGUACCAAUUAUAAAUGCAAGUAAUGAUGAAAAACAUGCAUGUGAAAUAUUACGUAUAUUUGUUGUUAGUUUACCAGAUAUACCAGAACAUCGUAGAAUUCCAUUAUUUAUUAAAUUAUUACAAUUACUAAAUCAUCAUCUUCAUUUAUUUUAUUUAUUAACAUUUGAGGCUGAUGUAUUGUGUCCAAAUAAAGAAAAAACAGAUAAUAAAAUAACACAAAGAUUAGAAUUUGCAUUAACAAUAUCACAAGAAUUUACACCUAAAAAAAUUAUUGAUGUUUGUGUUGAACUUGCAAAAUUUUUUAAAUCAUUACCAAUUGAAAUUGAUGAUGAUGAAGUUAAUAUUAAAACAAUCCAACAAUAUAAAAAUAAACAUAUAUUUGAUGUUUAUAAAAAUACACCAAAACAAUUGAGACAUUAUAAAUAUAUAAUAUUACAAUUUUUAAGUAAUUUAUUAUCAUCAAUUGAUUUUAUAAAUCGUGUUGCUAUUAUGAGUGAAGAAGAAACUAAUGAUCUUAAAUUAUCAUAUGAUAAUUUAAUUAUUGAAAUUAUUAUUUUAAUUCAAGCAACAUCAAAAAAUGCUGAUAAACAUCAAGGCAAAUCAAAAGGAAAAUAUUGGAAAGUUCUUGUUCAUAGUCUAUAUGAUAUUUUGGAUGCUAUUAAUAAUUUACUACCAAAUCAAGUAUUUAUAUUGACUUUAAAAAAAUUAAUUGAUCAUGAUCAUUUAACUGUUAGAAAAAAAGCAUUAGAAUUAUUAAAUUCAAGAUUACAACAUAAAAAAUUCAAUGAAGAAGAUCAACAAUCAUUAUUAACAUUGAUUAUUCCACUUUUACAAAUAAUAUCAAAACGUGGAAAAAUUCUAAGUCAAGAAGUUGAAAAUAUACAACAAACAUCAUUAAUAACACUUAAAUUAUUAGCUAAAAAUUUAGCACAAGAAAAUCCAGCUUAUUUUAAACCAGUUUUAGAAUUAACAACUGAAUUUUUGAAAAAAAAAGAAGGACUAUUAUUAGCAUCAGUUGUACUUUGUGUUGCUGAACUUGUUGGAACAAUGAAAACACAUGCUAUUCCAUUAAUUAAUAAAUUUGUACCAUCAAUUAUUAAUUUAUUAAAAAAAUAUUGUCAUCAAGAUUCAACACCAGAUGUACUUGUCAUAAGUAUUGUAAGUGCAUUACAAAAAAUUGUUGAAUCACUUGGUAAUUUCUUUUCACUAUAUUUAGAUCAAUUAUUGUGUGAAUUAUGUCGUUUAAAUACACGUUAUACAGAUAUUGAAAAUUCAAAAACUGCAAUAAUUGUAUCAAAAGUAAAAGCAACAUCACAAAAAUUAGCAAGUUGUAUUUCAUUGAGAGUUAUGCUACCAGCAGUUAAUAAAACUUAUACAAAUAUGUUGGAAACAAAAUCAUACAAAUCAAUACCAUCAUUGAUGUUUAUAUUUUCUGAAUGUUUUGGAUAUUUACCAACAUCUGAUCUUCAAACAGCAUUGCCAGAACUUGCUAAUUUCUUUUUACGUGUAUUACAAUUUCGUGAAAAUUUAAAUAAUAAUCAAGCUGAAGAAAAAAAAGAAGCAGAAGAAGAAGAUGAACAAAUGGAAAUUAGUAAUGAUGAUGAUGAUAAUAUAUUAAAUGAUAUAAAAGCUAUUGAAGAAUCUGCUGGUAAAAGUUUAGUUAAUCUUGUAUUAAAAUUAAGUGAAGCAUUAUUCCGACCAUUUUAUUAUAAAUUAUAUGAUUGGGCUGCUAGAAAUCCAGAUAAAAAACUUCGUAGUAUAACAUUUUAUCGUUUAUCAACAAAUAUUGCUGAAUCAUUAAAAUCAUUAUUCGUAUUAUUUGCUGGACAUUUUUUGACUCAUGCUGCACAAUUAUUAUCACAUAAUAAUUUAGAAAUACGUGAUGAUAUUGGUGAGCAUACAUUGGAACUUGAAAUAAAUAGAAUUGAACUUAUUGAAUCAAUAUUAUCAACAUUAAAUAAAGUAUUUAGUUAUGAUGCUAAUAAUUUUGUUAAUCAAGAAAGAUUUGAUACAUUAUGUCAGCCAAUUGUUGAUCAAAUUGAAAAUACUGUUGGUACUAAAAAACAAUAUGAAAUACGUGCUGAUAAAUUAAUUGUUCCUUGUAUUGCAUCAUUUUCAAGUGCAAUUCAAGAUGAUUCAUUACACAAAUCAUUGGUUUAUCAAGUAUUAUUAAAAACAAGACACAAUAAAUCAUCCGUUAGAAGUACAGCACUUUCUGCAAUUGUUGAAAUUGCAAGAAAACUUGGUCAAGAUUUUAUGCCACUUUUGCCAGAAACUGUUCCAUUCCUUGCUGAAUUAUUGGAAGACGAGGAUGCUGAUACUGAAAAAUUGGCACAAAAUGCUGUUCGAACUCUUGAAGAAGUUCUUGGUGAAAAUUUACAAAAAUAUUUUUAAUCUAAGUUUUUUUUUUCCAUACAAUCUGGAUCAAUGACAAAUCAAUAAUUA